CGCUUCCGCUUUGCAAAAGUAAAAUGUAAUGGGUUAGAGUGUAGUUUCAAUUUCGCAGGACGUUUCCAACUAAAUACGGCGUCGAUAAAUUGGAUAAAUUGGAUUAAAAGCAUUAAUGUAAAUUAGCGAAAAUGUUCACUGGGAGUAAAGUUUCAAACGACAACGGCUUUUGGCCAUGCAUUGGAAUAGCAGCUCUUAACGUCAACAACAGCUCGAGCAGGUUUAAUAGCAAGCCACUGGUAAUGCCAGAACUGAAAACCCAGAACCAGUUCACGGGGAACGGUGUCCAGGGCUCGGUACCGUCCUCGCCUGAGACGGACUGCGAGGAAACAGACGCAUAUUCCUCCAUCUACACCGCCCUGGAAAUGGACACUCGAGACAUUAUUGACAUUUUCUUAAAAAGCUUUACAGGACUCCCUCAUUCUAAAAAUGGAAAAAAACAGGUUCUGGCUACGAUGAAGCGGGUUGUGGAUAGUCUCGAGGUGAAACACGAAAAGGCUUACAAAGGUAUGAUUGCACGGCUGAAUCUGGAGCAGAAAGGAGAAGAUGUGAGUUUUGUCAAGAUUGUGGCGACAGAACUCUUCAGCGAUGGCAUCACAAACUGGGGUCGCAUUGCCAGCCUUUUGACUUUUGGGGCAAUGGUAUGCAAGCAUCAGAAUGACAGAGGACUUGGCAAGUGUGUGAGUCUGGUGGGGGAAGAGAUCUCUUCCUAUCUUCUCACAGACCAACGGGACUGGCUGCUCAAAAACAAAGCAUGGGAUGGCUUUGUGGAAUUUUUUCGUGUCCCGGAUACAGAGGCAGCUGUGAGAAACACACUGAUGGCCAUUGGUAGUGUGGCAACAUUUGGAGCUGCACUUGCUUAUUUGAUACGGUGAAUCCAAAUGGACUUUGAGACAGUUAUUGAAACACAAAAAGGACUCUGAGGGAACCCUUUUUCUUUGUCUUCUCGAAAACAUCUAAGAGAAAUCCAGUUUGCUUUUUGUUUUCAAUAUUUUCUUGUUUGGAUAUCAAGUGUACAUAAAAAGUGGAUCGAAUUGAAAACUAUUUUUUUAUUAAAAAGUAAAAUUUAAAAUGGUCAGCUGUUCAGAUCUCAAUUGUUGACAUGCAGGUAACACUUUUAAUGCCAGCUUUUGUGUGCGGUUUACACAAGAAUUUACACGUUCAGCAGUGUUCUGUGUUCUAGACAUUAUAUUUGGCAAAACUGCAAAUUUGAGAAAGACGUACAUUUAAAAAUUUACAUCUGUUGCAACUCAUUUAUUGUUUUUAAAAUGGUUUAAUCGGCCAUUAACAUCUUUAUAUUUUCACAAUGGCACUUUGUUUCAAAAAUGUUCUUUUGCGAUCUAGUGCACAUGUAUCCACAUAUGACUUCAGGUGCUGGCUUUAGCUUUAAGUAAGCUUUAAAGCUUUUAUCUAAAAGCUUAUGGUGGUUCUGAUUUUGAGUCCUAAGCUUAGGGCUAUGAUAGCUAACCACAAGGCUGCUAAAUGUUUUCAUUACCUGCAGGUUGAUCAUUUGGAUACACAGAAGUUUGAGAAGUAAUGGUUGUUGAUCUAAUGACCAUUUCUGAACCGCAAAUUAAACCUUAUUUUAAAAUUCUUAGUUAAUUAAUCCCUCACCGCCAUUAAAUAGGUGGCUAGGUAAAGUACAAACUGCAUGUGCUUUAUUUAGCUAAUCAUUAGUAGCUUCAAAGGUUUUGUAGCUUUUCACCUGUACUUGUCAUUGUAGCAGACUUGUGUAAAAUGGUGGAAGUUGACGAUUUCUGUGUAUGCUCUCAAGUCACUGUUAUUGCAGCCUUGUGGGGAAAAAAAGUAGCACUGUGCAAAGUUUGUCAGUCACAAAGAAACUCAUUGAUGUAUGUGGACACCAUUCGGGAGGGGGAGUGGGGGAUUCAUGUAUGUUAUUUCAAAGAGUUUGCUUAGCCAUUUUCUUGAAUCACACUUUAUAAACUGUAGGGCCCAAGCAUAUUAACACUUCAUACACAUCUCCCUUGCCAUUCUUCUAGCUUUUGCCACGAAUGGUUUAUAACCAAAUCUACCAGCCAUUGAUGUUUAUUAUUUUCUGUAUGACUGAGUGUCUUGACUGUAAUCUUAACUCAAAAUAUAUCUUUUAUUUUGUCACCUGUAA